AUGACCACACUCACUUUGAACCUCACCAAGAUACAGUCAAACUUGAGUGAGGAGAUAAACGAUCUGCGGAUGCGAGUAGAAAAGUGCGAGAUUCAGGGAGAUAAAAAUUCUAAAGAAAUAAAAAUUCUUGAGAAGAAAUGUACGACUGAACUUUCAAGAUUUUAUUUUAAAGAAGAGGAGAAAAUUCCCUAUGUCUUCACUGCACCCCCACGAAAUCGUUACUUCGCUGGUCGAACUGAAGAAAUCCAGGAGCUUAAACGUAUUUUGAAAGUUGAGGAAACUUCGAAGGAAAAGAAAGUUCGUGUUGCAGCAGUAUGUGGUUUGGGUGGAAUUGGGAAAACAAGUUUAGUUUCCGAGUAUGCUCAUCAGAUGAAGGAUUUCUACAAGGGAGGUGUUUAUUGGUUCUCGGCUGAAGAUGAUGCGCACCUUAGCAAAACAGUGAACGCCGUCGCAGUAAAGAUUGGUGCAUUACUCAAUUCAUUUGAUUUAACUUUGCCAAAUAUCCUGCAAAAAAUUAGCACUGUACAUGACCCAUGUCUCAUUAUACUCGACUGCUUGGAUCAACUGGAUCUUUCACCUAAUGUGAUGGAAUUUCUUUCCUUUCCUUCACAAGAGAAUAUCUUUGGGCAUUUUAUCGUGCUAACAAGACGAAAGCCGAAACGACUUGUUAAUGAAAUUUCAGUUGUUGAGGAGGACUUUUGUCUUCAACUGAAAUGUUUGCACCCUGAAGAAGCGAAGCAAUUUCUUUUUUCAAGAACUAAUGUAAUCCGUGAUGAAAAUGUCGAGAGCGCGGCAGAAUGUCUUUGUGAAGAGCUGGGGAGACUGCCACUUGCUUUGGAACAAGCUGGAGCUUUUAUUCAAACGCGCGGAUGCAGAUUGUCUUUGUAUCUGGAGCAGUAUAAAGCCGAACGUUUGCAAUUGCUCAGUCGUCAACAAGCACUUGCUGCAGGUAACGACUCAUCUGAACGUCUUGCUGUUCACACGACAUGGCUUAUCAACAUGGAAUAUAUGAAGAAGAGCCCGGAUGGUCAGGCUGCUGUUCGAUUUAUGAAUGCUUGUUCAUUUUUCGACGGAAAUGAGGUUCAAGAAGAAUUAAUCAAUAUUGGAACACCCGAAGUGGAAGACGUCGCAUAUCGAAAAUGCGUGUCAUCGCCAUUGGGUUGCCGUGAGAUUCUAAAACUCUUGACUGACUUUUCACUUUUUACGUAUGUCGAAGCGAACUGUGUCGGCACCCAUCGUUUGGUCCAGGAACUAGUAUGGGAAAAUCUUGAUCCUAAAUCGAAAGCAGAGAGUUUCAUUGAUGCUGUGCGGUUGCUUUCUUACGCAUUCUCUAAAUGUCCUUCACCCAUUGAUCAUGUUAGUUUAGAUGAAAGGAAUAGUGAAGAAGAAAACAUAUCCUUCUCUGAUCCACCUGAUAGUCCUUCUCAUUUUUAUAUGUGGUCUAAACUUUGUAUGCAUGCCCAUCGUCUUCGCAGAAAUGCUGAAGACUUGUUGGUCAGUCUUGACUCUGUUCAUCUAGACUCGGUGUGGUUUCCUGAAACAGCUAAAAUUCUUUACGAAUGUGCGGUUCAUUUGAGUGCAAAUCACCAGCAGGAAGAAGCAAAGCGCACUUUGAACUUUGCUUACCGUAUGUUAGACUGGCUGCCUUUAGCAGGGUAUGAAACGGUUGAAAAGAAUGUUUCUGAUGAUUUCCUCUUUCCACUUCGGGUCCCUUUACCGGAACUAUUUCAGAUGAUGAUUCAACGAUUUUGCAUACCAACGUUUAAUUUACUUGAAUCUCUGACUGAAAAACCUACUCCUGAUGCGAGUGACCUUGUUCCUAAUGCUAGUGACCUUGUUCCUGAGGCUAGUGACCUUGCUCCUGAGGCUAGUGAUCUUGCUCCUGAGGCUAGUGACCUUGCUCCUGAUGCUGUUCACCAUACUCCUGAUGCGGAUGACUUUGCUCCUGAGGCUCGUGACCUUGUUCCCGAUGCUAGUGACCUUGCCCCUGAUGCUAGUGAACUUUUCCUUGAUCCUAGUGACCUUGCUCGUGAGGCUAGUGACCUUUCUCGUGAGGCUGGUGACCUUGCUCGUGAGGCUAUUGAUCUUGAUUUAGACAAGAAGAUAGAUAAAUUUGAUUUGGAUGGAAACAAGGCUUUUAAAGAAGGUUUCUUCGAAGAAGCAUUAGAUGCGUAUUCUUCUACAAUAAAUUUGGCUCAAGAUUGCAAUAAACCUUUCGAUCCGUUGUUGCUUACUAAGCGUUCAAUGGUUUACAUAAAAUUGGAGGAAUGGGAAAAUGCUUUAAAGGAUGCGAAUGAUUACAUAACGCGCCGUCCAUAUUGCUGGAGGGGUUAUGCUUUGAAAGCUCUGGCACUUGAUGGCUUGAAUAAGGCGGUCAGUGCCAACCUGAAUGAUAAAGCUAGUGCUGAAAUAGCAGCUGCUUUGGCUUUUUAUCACAAUAGGGGAAUUUUUACUGAUUUCCCUAUUUUCGUGGAAUCUUUUCCGGACUUGCAAAGACGCAUUUUUAUAUGCGAUAGUGUGGAUGAACUGUUCGAUGCGAUGUUUUCGCAGGAAGUAGAAACGGAUUUGUUGAAGAUUUUGGUUUUGGGAUCGGAAGAAUAUAUCCUAAAUUGUUCUGAAACCGUUGAGAAACCUUGGAAUAACUGUAUUCUAGUUGGCACAAGAAAAAAUUGUUGUGUUUCUUUGACGUCAAACUAUGACAUUUUCUUGUUGAAAUGCAUGCUUACGAAUUUGUCAUUCCGUUUUAAUGAAUGUCGGUUACAUUGUUUACCUGAUUCGUUCGUUAAGAUCCUUAACUGUAACUUUACUUCUUAUGAUGAUAAACGAACUAUAAAAACUGAAGGGGUAUUCAAUGCAAAACAAUGCAGUUUUACAAGAAGUCCACUGGUAUGUAGUAAACAAAGUCGUGCAGAUGUUGAUGAUUGUUCGUUUUGUAACAAUGCGAAAGAUGGGUUGCGUGUGGAGAAAGGAGGGACGUUGAAAGUUGAAAACUGUCGCAUAUAUAAUAAUGGCGGUUAUGGGUUGUUCGUUGAUAAAUCAGAGUGUGUUGUAGUAAUUAAUUGUGAUAUUCACGACAAUGGUCACGAUGGGAUCAGGCUCUACAGGUCAGAAAAUGUCACGCUGGUACGUAAUAAUGUUUAUAACAAUAAUAUGAGUGGAAUAUGUAUGGAUCGGUCUCUGAGUCAUGUCAGAGAGAACAACUUGUUAGAUAACGGCACCUGGGGAAUUUGGGUCGAAUCAUUUGUACAGUGCAAUAUAUCGAUGAAUAAGAUCUUUCGCAACAAAACUGGGGGAGUUAGAAUGUAUUUGAAAGUUGAAAGGAAAAGAUUUUCUCCAUCUGUCAUCGAACUGAAUAAAAUUUGUCAUAAUGGUGGUCCAGGCCUUCUUGUGGAUGAUGAAAUUAAUAAAGUCGCGGAAUCGUUGCAUUUGAAUUCUCCCAAUUCCUUUCAAUCUGUUAAAUUCCAGAAUAACGAAGUGUACCAGAACAAAGAAAAUGAAAACGAUAGUAAGUUGAAUUUGUCUGUCCCAUAUUGCUCGUAUUGUCGUGUGAAGUGCAAACCGACAAUGUGCGAAAAGUGCUUUACCACUGCGUAUUGCAGCGAAUCUUGCCAAGAACAACAUUAUUCGAAGCAUAAGGAAAUUUGCAAAGUUUUACGUGAGAAGUCAAGUUAUUUGAUUACUUCCACGGUAGAGGCUGAUGAAUGCGAAAUAGAAAGAGUUGAAGGUUCAAAAGAGGUUGGUCCGGAGUUCAGCGCUCCCCCACCACGAGAUGGUAGAAGAUUUGUUGUAAAAGUACACACUGGUGUAAGAUACACAGGGUCUUACGCUGUCAUUGUGCACGACCGUAGUGUUAAUCCUUUGGUGACUUUUAGUUCCAAAGUUGUGGAUCAACUUCUAAAAGAGUUUGGUGUAUUAUGUGAAGGAAACGUUCAUGAGAAAAAGCUUUUCUUUCACUGCCUAUUCGAAGACAACGGACAGCUUCGGCUAUUCAUGAACGAAUUUGCUGAAUUUGAAAACUGGUGA